AUGUCUUGCUACGACCUGUCCCCCGUCUCUGCCUGCGGUGUCACCUGCCCCCAGCCUCUUGCCAACAGCUGCAACGAGCCCUGUGUGCGCCAGUGCCCCGACUCCACAGCCCUCAUCCAGCCUCCUCCGGUCGUGGUCACCUUCCCUGGCCCCAUCCUCAGCUCCUUCCCUCAGGAUGCUGUGGUGGGAUCCUCUGGAGUGCCCGUCCUUGGGGGCUAUGGGGGUUUUGGGGGUUAUGGAGCCUCCCUUGGCUAUGGAGGCUCUGGCUCCCUGGGCUCUGGGGGCUUCUCCCUGGGCUAUGGGGGUCUGAAUGGAUAUGGGGGCUCCUCCCUGGGCUAUGGGGGCCUGGGGGGCUACGGGGGCUCCUCUCUUGGCUAUGGGGGCCUGGGGGGCUACGGGGGCUCCUCUCUGGGCUAUGGGGGUCUGGGGGGCUAUGGAGGCUCCUCCCUGGGUUACAGGGGCCUGUAUGGCUCUGGUAGAUCUUACAGCUCUGGCUCUUGCAGCCCUUACUCCUACCGAUAUGGCAGGAACCGCCGUGGCAGCUGUGGGCCCUGCUAA